AUGGGUUCCCGGACCUUUUUGGACACGCCCGGCCAUGAGGCCUUCGAAUUGUCGCGCGGACGCACCAUGGCAGCAGCAGAUGUGGCCGUGGUGGUCGUUUCAGUGGAGCGUGGUGCUGAACUCCAAACUGAGGAGGUGCUGAUGCAUGCAUCCAGGUGGAAGGUACCUGUGGUCUUUGCACUGAACAAGAUUGACCUGCCGGAUUGUCACUUGGAGCUGACCCGCGCUGAGCUGCGGCGCCAGUGUCAGCUGUUGUAUGAGCACGGCCUCGUAGACGUGGACUGGACCCAGCAAGCAGAAGAAGCGGUCCCAAUCUCUGCGUUGCUGAAGAGGAAUUUGGAGGAGUUGGUUGAUCGCAUCCGACAAGUCGCCUCCAAGAUGCAGGUCAGAUCGGACGCAUCGAAGUGUCCAUGA